GCAUUUCAUCUUUUGUAAAUAAUCAAUGUAAAAAUAUUUGAUAGACUAAUUGCAUGAACGUGUAUGUGACAGAAUAAGACGUUUUACACAUCUAAUAAUUAUGACAGCAGAACAGCCUGUUGCUUUAAUGUCAGGGACUGACAACAUCAUGCUGGUGACUGAACAGAUCGUCAAUGAGUUUAAAGUGAGAGCUCUGGCCUGCCAUCCCGACAAACACCCAGAGAACCCCAAAGCAGUGGAGGAGUUCCAGAAGUUACAGGAAGCUAAAGAGGUUCUCACAGAUGAGAAGAAAAGAAAGAAUUACGAUCUCUGGCUCAGAAGUCGAAUUGUAAUCCCGUUCAGCGAGUGGCGAGCGCUCAGUGACUCCGUUAAAACAUCAAUGCAUUGGGCUGCGAGGACCAAGAAAGAGCCAAUGCUUGAGGCUGCAAAAGAUCCAGAUCCAGUGAACGUGAAUGGAGAGAAACCGUCUGAAUCCUGCUUCGCUGGGCUGGUGAAGCUCCCUCAGGCCUUUUACAGAAGUUCAGGAACUAUGAAAUAUAAAUGCAUAUUUUCUGUCGUUCUAUAUUCUAUAUUCUUAUCCUAUUCUAUUCUUCCACAUAUAGAGGAAAGAAUCAGAACUGACCAUUCAUUUACUACGCGUCACCAUUAUGCAUAACGUUGACUUGGUCUGUUUUAAUUUGUUUUGUAGAAAGGUAAGAUAUGUUGAUAUUAAUGUUCAGCAGUGAUGCUUUCUAUGCCUUAAAUGUCCAAUCAGAAUGAUUUUUUGUUGAAAUAUGAGUUUCAAGCCUGCAGAUUGGCACAAUAAAUGAUUAUAAAGUUUAUUUUAAUGAAUAUAAUGUGUAAUAAAUAAUGCAUUUUUAU